AUCAGGGUGCUGCACAAUGGCUGCCUCUCGACUAGACUAUCAAAAUCUUUUUGGAAGCUCAGACGAAGAAAGCGACGGCGACGAGGGUGAGCAACAACAGCAAAGUACUAGCACCGCCGCUCCUAAGGCAUCUUCCGGUUCCUCUACCAUCAAGCCCUCGGCUCUUGGCAAAAGCAGCGACGACAGCAGCAGCGACGAAGACAGCAGUGAGGAGGACGAACAUUUGUCGGCCAAGAAAAGGUUACAACAAAAAGGAGUCCCGCUGGCAUCCUCGUCCGACGAGGAAAGUGACAAUGAGGAAGAAGGUGACGUUCCUCGGCCCGCGGGUAAGGCGCGGACCACGGGGUCUGAGGCGUUGAGGAGAGCGACGGCCGACUUCGAUGACGAGGAAGAAGAAGAGGAGCCGCGUAGGCCCAAUGUGCUCCCCGACCUGAGCAGUGAUGGGAACAGCAGCAGUAGUGGUAGCGAAAGCGAGUCCUCGGACGAUGAGGGUGAUUCAAGGCGGCGAAAACGAGGGGCGGAGAAAAGGAAGCACCGACUGAAGACAAAGGGGAAACGCCCGAGCAAAGGGGUAGACAAAGGGAGAGACGGGAGGGGGAAGGCAGGCAAACAAGUGAGAGACCGUGGGCAAGGGGCCGAUGAGGAUGGAGGGGCUGCAGCCGGGACCGGGGCAGCCUCGGAGCCCCGGCGGGCGGCGCGUGAGCUAACGGCAGUCGAGCAAGCCUUGGCGUCUUUCAAGCGCAAUCGGAUCCAAAAGCUGCCGGACGCGCAGGUUCAAGAGAUGACGCAACACCUCAUUACCCUGAUGGAAACGGCGGCGAAAGAGGACCGACAGGCUUUGCUACAGCACCGUCCGGCCACGCAAAAGUUGAAGCGGCUGACCGAGGUGCUGGACUUGCUCCGAAGCAAGCAUCUACAAGGCGCCCUGGUCGACAACGGGCAAGUACUUGGCUUGAUUCGACUCUGGUUGCAGCCCUUGCCCGACAAGAGCCUUCCCCUUUACGCAGUCCGGACGCCGAUGAUCGAUUACUUGGUGACGGCGAGGGUUGAGGUGCAUCGCUUGAAGGAGAGCGGGAUUGGGAGGGUGAUCCAACAACUGAAAAAACACCCGGAAGAGACGGUGGAGAACAAGGCUAAGUUGACGGAAAUC